AUUACUCUACUUUCGGUUGGACACAUAAAGUAAUCAAAGUGUACACUUAUUAUGACUUUGAUUAUGAAUUCCUCGCCCCCUUUAUGAAAUUUCAGUGGAUCGAACUCCCAGUCCUACUACUCCUGCUCCUACUCCUGGGUACAAAACUUUAUUUUAGAGGAAGGAUAAUUUUCGCUGCAUGCCGCCAUGCAAGAGUUGUUGCAAAAAGGGAUGGGAAAUGCAACAAAUGCUCUUUUAGUUGGUGGUUCAGCGGGGGUGUUGCCACAACCAUAUACUGUGAUAGAUUUCGAAAUCUGUUUCCAUCCGAUGCCAGAGUAAAGUGCUUUUCUGAUGGGGGUUAUUUCUUUCUCUCUUUAUACUUUUGAACAGGAAAAAUCAUAUCGAAGGAAAUGGAUUCCUAUCAAUGUUUGAGGGCUUAGUAAACCUACAUAGGUUAAAAGAUGUGCUGCCCGAAUCUUGUACUGCAAGAUUAAAUGCAGAACUGUGUUUUUCCCCGCCAAAUCUACAGGAAGAUAUCAAAACACCUAUCUUUUUCCUAAUGUCAGCAUUUGAUAGGGUUCAGAUCCAAUAUACUUUAUCAAUGGACCUUCGCGAUUGUGUGAGAAAUUUGAGUUGCACGCCGACUCAAAUUAAAGCAUCACAAGAUCUUCGGUUGGAGCUUCUCACAGUUCUACCAAAACAUAGCAAUAUUUCUUCCAAAGGGUUCCUAGUUACCUCUCCAUUUGCUCAUACACAAGUAGAAAAGGAUAUUUGGAUUAGUCAAGCUACAGGGACUAAUAAGACUAUUGCAAGCCUAUUUGGAGACUGGUACUUUGACAGGCAAAUAGUUCAAGUGGUAGACAAUUAUCCAUGUCCUUACAAAUGUCAAUGACUAGCUGCGGCUUUUCAAAAGGAUGCCCGCGAUACCAAUGAGAUAUGAUCUUUCUAAGGACUAUCUUGCGUUUAAUUUUAAGGUCAUCAAAAACAAUUAUAUAUUCUAAUUGUAGUCCGCUAUAUGUAACAACAAUGCUUUGUCCCUAUGCCUGAAUGGGGUUACCUCCAAAGUUAUGUUACUCUUUCACUUUAUUCUUCUCAAUGUUAUAUUGAGCAUAUCAAUAUUGGAGUAUUAACUUGCGGAAAUCCGUAGUUUAA